UCCUACAGGAUCACAUGUUGAAUGGUGUAAACAGCUUAUAGCGGCUACAAUUUCUAGUCAGAUUUCAGGUUCAGUGACAUCAGAAAACGUAUCCAGAGACUACAAGGUUUUCAGGAGGCCUGAUAUAAGGGAGAUUCAGGACGAACACAAUGGCUACCCUUCUGAAGCUGAAGCUGAUCAGGUGGCGCUAAGAGAUGGAAAUAAACUGGCCCAGAUGGAAGAAGCGCCACUUUUUCCAGGAGAAUCAAUCAAGGCUACUGUGAAAGACGUCAUGUACAUUUGUCCAUUUGUGGGCGCAGUGACUGGAACCCUAACAGUGACGGACUUUAAGAUGUACUUCAAAAGUGUUGAGAGGGACCCGAAUUUUGUUCUUGAUGUUCCCCUUGGCGUGAUCAGCAGAGUUGAGAAGAUCGGAGCGCAGAGCCAUGGGGACAAUUCCUGUGGUAUAGAGAUUGUGUGCAAGGAUAUGAGGAACUUGCGACUUGCUUACAAACAGGAAGAACAGUGUAAACUUGGGAUAUUUGAGAACCUCAGCAAAUAUGCAUUUCCUCUUUCCAAUGGGCAGACUCUCUUUGCAUUCAACUACAAAGAAAAAUUUCCGAUAAACGGAUGGAAGGUUUAUGAUCCUGUAUCUGAAUAUAAGAGACAGGGCUUGCCAAAUGAGAGCUGGAAAAUAUCCAGAGUGAACAGUAGCUAUGAGCUCUGUGACACCUACCCCGCUGUCAUUGUCGUGCCAACCAGUGUAAAAGAUGAUGACCUUUCAAAAGUGGCAGCCUUUCGAGCAAAAGGCAGAGUCCCUGUGUUGUCAUGGAUUCAUCCAGAAAGUCAGGCAACGAUUACCCGUUGCAGCCAGCCACUUGUGGGUCCCAAUGAUAAACGCUGCAAAGAAGAUGAAAAAUACUUGCAAACAAUAAUGGAUGCUAACGCCCAGUCUCACAAGCUUAUCAUCUUCGAUGCCCGACAAAACAGUGUCGCUGAUACCAACAAGGCCAAGAGUGGGGGGUACGAAAGUGAAAGUGCUUACCCCAACGCGGAGCUUGUGUUCCUGGACAUCCACAACAUUCACGUGAUGAGAGAGUCCCUGCGUAAACUCAAAGAGGUCGUGUACCCCUCGAUCGACGAGGCGCGGUGGCUCUCCAAUGUGGAUGGGACACACUGGCUGGAGUAUAUACGGAUGCUUCUUGCCGGGGCGGUAAGGAUUGCUGACAAGAUAGAGUCUGGGAAGACUUCAGUGGUGGUGCAUUGCAGCGACGGCUGGGACCGCACGGCUCAGCUGACGUCUCUGGCAAUGCUCAUGCUGGACAGUUACUACCGCACCGUUAAAGGCUUCGAGACCCUCAUAGAAAAGGAGUGGAUAAGCUUCGGACAUAGGUUUGCACUGAGAGUGGGCCAUGGCGAUGACAACCAUGCGGACGCCGACCGGUCCCCUAUAUUUCUUCAGUUUAUUGAUUGUGUUUGGCAAAUGACAAGACAGUUUCCUUCAGCAUUCGAGUUCAAUGAACUGUUCUUGAUCACGAUUUUGGAUCACCUCUACAGCUGUCUCUUUGGGACUUUUUUGUGCAACUGUGAACAGCAGCGACUCAAGGAGGAUGUGUAUACGAAGACUAUAUCUUUAUGGUCAUACGUCAAUAGCCAGCUUGAAGAAUUUUCUAAUCCUUUCUUUGUGAAUUAUGAACACCACGUGUUGUACCCCGUUGCCAGUCUGAGUCAUCUGGAACUGUGGGUAAACUAUUAUGUGCGAUGGAACCCGCGGACGAGACCUCAGAUGCCCAUCCACCAGAAUCUCAAGGAGCUGCUGGCCAUCAAGGCGGAGCUGCAGAAGCGGGUGGAGGACCUGCAGCGGGAGGCGGCCGCGCGUGCCUCGUCCUCGUCCGAGCGGGGCUCUUCGCCGUCCCACUCGGUCACCCCCGUCCACACCUCCGUCUGACAGCUUCCGGAGGGCGGCGCUUCGGACAUCCUGCUCUGCAGCUCAGGCAAGGGACUGCAGCUGGUGAUCUGGUCUUCUACGCUUGGGCCCAUCCUCCACGUCUGGAAGGGACUUCCUACCAGUGACCCUGUGUGUGGCUAGGUGACCGCUCCCACUGUCAUCAAAUGCGUUUUGUUUCGUGACCCGUUUACGUCCCGCCACCUGUUUCUGGUGGCGGCCGCGUAUUUCAGCAACCCCGUGAACUGCCUGCCGCCCCGGCAGCUUGGGAGGGAGGAGGAGAACGGGGCACAGGGCUGAGGUUUGAGGAGACCGCUCUCUGGUUCCUUCCAAACGCGCUCUGUUCACUUCCAGACCACAUGCCAGCCACGUGGCUUCUUUCAGCUCUCUGCUACCACUUGAGAAACGUUUUGAACCUAAGUACUGGCUGGGGGCAGGCCCACCACUGCCAUCGAGUCUCCGGUCCCCCUCCCGCAAGGGGCCUCCUGCACCCGUUACUGCUGUGUACAUAGAAGGCAUUUUUAAGCGAGAGAGGCCUGCCUUUAUUUUCCUACGCCCUUUUUUACGUGUAGACUAGUCACCCGAGGAGGCGUGUGCUCACGCGGGCUGCCGGAGCGAGGCCGUGCACACAACUUGAUGUGCUACAUCGGGAACAUGAUUUGAACGGGACAAGGCAUGGUGUCCAGUCCUCUCCUGCACACCCGGGGUCACCUUCCAAGCCGGUGGUGGCGGCGGCUUACCUGGGGAAGGUCCCUUGCAGGGCCACAUGUGUCCAGCUGUUCCUGGGCCGUGAGGCCUGUCCACUCUUUACUGUCGCCGGCUGUGUGCGCCCACGUGAGCGUGCCUGUCAGGAGGGGUUCUCCUCUUACAGAGACCCCGAGGCUCCGUUUCUUCCCGCCACCGCCUGGCCCCAGCCACCGGCGCGUGCGGCUGCAUGGCUACCCUCAGCGUCCCUGGAGCCCCCCCCCCCCCGGCCAGUUGGGGGGGGGACUGUAGCGGGUGGUGCUGUGGUCUCCCCCCCCCCAAUCAAGGCGAGCCUGAGACUUGCCUGUGCGAUUUAGAAGCAGCCCAACAGGCCGUGUCCUUGAGUGUACGUAGCACAGAACUCUCUAAAACAACUUGAAGAAUACUGUUACCUAAACAGUUCUUUGUCUUUUAUUUAAGUGUACUAGAAUGUAAAACCUUUAUGGUUCUGAUUUUUAAAAACUGGUACAGUAUCAUAUUUGCCUCAUCUGAUGCACUGUAUUUUGAUCUGUAAUUAAAAUAAUAUGUUUGCCCCGUG